AGUGGAGUCGGUAUUCAGGCAGAUGAUCUCUCUGGUUCUGCUUUUGUGAGCGCUAGGCUAGCUUGUAAACAAGAGCAAAAACCCCCGGCCGAGUCUCGGAGAAAUUUCAUGACUGAACACGCGGGUGUUUUUUUGGUUACUCACAGCUGCUGUGUACGCCGGUAUGCUUUUCUUUCCGUUUCCACUACACGUCUUUGCUUUCGACUCUGCAACAUACUGAGACGCUGAUGCUGCCCAAAUGAGCUAACCUCUCAACUGUCUUGAAAGACAAAAUCAACAUUUUCACUUAGACCUAAGUCUGCUCCUGGCAGCGGAUGUCUCGUCGCCUCCGUCUGAGGUUGGAGGCCAGUUGGAGUCAGGAGGUGGGUCCUAAGCAGCAGCAGUGAUGCGGGCUUCAGUGGCAGGUUGCAGGAUGAGUGUGGGUGCACUUGUUAAUGGUCUGCUGGUCUCUGUGGUCGCAGCUCUGCUUUGGAAAUAUUCCAAGCUGAGUGAGCAUGCUGCUCUGUUGGAGGAAGAGCUGCAUAUGACACAGCAGUCCCAGGAGGUCUCACAGGCCCGUAUCGACUACCAUGUUGCUCUGCAGGCGCUUCAGGAACACGGCACCCGCAUGGUCUGCACUGGGAAGAUGCACACUGACCGCAUCUGCCGCUUUGACUACCUCUGUUACAGCUCUGAGGCAGAGGAGUUUGUGUUCUUCCAUUCCAACUCCUCUGUCAUGCUGCCUAACCUGGGGUCCAGACGUUUCCAACCUGCCCUGCUGGACUUGUCUUCAGUAGAAGAUCACAAUACCCAAUAUUUCAACUUUCUAGAGCUCCCAGCUGCUGCUUUAAAGUUUAUGCCCAAGCCUGUGUUUGUACCAGAUAUAACACUGAUCCUGAAUCGGUUUAAUCCUGAUAACCUCAUGCAUGUAUUCCACGACGACCUCCUCCCAGCCUACUAUACCAUGAAGCAGUAUUCAGAUUUGGAUGACGAGGCUCGUCUUGUGUUCAUGGAGGGCUGGAGCGAAGGCCCACACUUUGACCUUUACCGUCUUCUCAGUAGUAAGCAACCACUUCUCAAAGAACAGCUUAAGAACUUUGGAAAGCUCAUGUGCUUUACUAAAUCUUAUGUUGGCUUGUCCAAAAUGACUACCUGGUACCAAUAUGGCUUUGUCCAGCCACAGGGGCCCAAAGCUAACAUCUUGGUCUCAGGCAAUGAGAUCAGGCAGUUUGCCAGAGCUCUGAUGGACAAAAUGAACAUUACAAGGGUAGAGGAGAUGGAGAAGGAGGGAGGAAGUGCUGAGGAUAAGAAGGAGAAAGAGAAGAAGGAUGACUACAUUGUCGUUUUCAGUCGGUCAACAACAAGACUUAUACUGAAUGAAGCAGAGGUAAUCAUGGCGCUGGCCCAAGAGUUUCAGAUGAGAGUGGUCACAGUGUCCUUGGAAGAGCAGUCUUUUCCCAGUAUUGUACAGGUCAUCAGUGGCGCUUCCAUGUUGGUCAGCAUGCAUGGAGCUCAGCUUAUCACCUCACUCUUCCUCCCUAGAGGUGCUGCUGUGGUGGAGCUGUUCCCUUUUGCUGUGAACCCUGAGCAGUAUACACCAUAUAAAACUCUUGCCUCCCUUCCAGGCAUGGACAUUCACUACAUCUCCUGGAGGAACACUAAGGAGGAGAAUACUUUCACCCACCCAGACAGACCCUGGGAACAAGGAGGCAUUGCUCACUUGGACAAAGAGGAGCAGGAUCGGAUCCAGGCAAGCAAGGAAGUCCCCAGGCACCUUUGCUGCCGCAACCCAGAGUGGCUCUUCCGGAUCUAUCAGGACACUUUAGUGGACAUCCCGUCCUUUCUGGAAGUUCUCAAAGAAGGCAUGAAGACCAGGCCCAGCUUAAAAAAGGCCAAGGUGGCCAGCACGGUCCAUCCGGGCCGGGUCAGAGAACCUAAAUGUCAAACUUCAGUACAAACCACUAAUGAGGCUAAACUCACAGUCGCUUGGCAGAUCCCAUGGAAUUUGAAAUUCCUAAAAGUGAGAGAGGUGAAGUACGAGGUGUGGAUCCAGGAGCAGGGAGAGAACACCUACAUGCCUUAUAUCCUUCCCCAGCAGAACUACACGUUUUCAGAAAACAUUAAGCCCUUCACCACUUACCUGGUGUGGGUUAGGUGCAUCUUCAACAAGAAUCUAUUAGGCCCCUUUGCUGAUGUUCUCACAUGCAGGACCUAGUGUGAGCACAAGGCCUGCUUGUUUGUUUGUGCAGUUUCAUAUAAUGGUGAAGUCACUGUUUCAGUCAAUCGCUUUGGAGAAGGGGGACUCUGUUGGAUUAUGGUCUGUAAAAUGGCUGUUGCAUGGUGCUGUUUCCAUGCUCAGCCCGGGAUGAACUGCAGAAGACUUAAACAUGGUCAGAAACGGCCAGUAACGAAUGAAAAGUUUAUCGCUUUUAUUUAGAAAGAAAGUGCAAAAAACUUUGUCUCUUCUAAUAAAACUAGAAUUCAGAUCAGCAGAUUUAUUUGUGAAAAAUAAUAUAUAAAAUGUUUUAUGUGUUAGUCAAAACACUGGUUCUUUACCUUUUACAGUAUGCAAUGUAGUUUCUCUGUAAGGAACAAAAGACAUUUUAGAAUACGAUUUUUAAAAAAAUGGUUUUUGACUUGUCUAUUGGUGUGUGCGUGCGUGUGUGUUUUCAUGGUGUCCGUUUGGGGAAAAAAAUAUUCAGGCCUGAUAUUUAAGAUUAUAUAAUUUAAUUGCACAAAAAUUUUGAUUCUACUCGUUUUUUCCGUAGUUUAAAUGUAAAGUAAUAAAAAUAAUGUAAUGCAUAUUUGUCAGUAAGAUGUAGUCUUACUGACAAAUCAACUGUUUGGCACAUUUUUUACUAUUACAUUUAUUGCUUUAUGUUAAGACUAUGCAAUCUAAAUGGAAUUAAAAUUGAUAUGCAAUUAAAAUACAUAUUACUUCUAGUACCAGGCCUAACUUUUUGUGUGGCGUCUUUUGCCUCACAGUUGUUAAAUUCCAUACACAGUCAUUUACAGGAUGUAGUCAAAACCAAAGCAACCUUUUUCACAUGGUUUCAGCUACUCAUCGUUCAUGUCAGCCACCUCAGAUCAUUGAGCUCUUUUCUAAUAUUUGCUAAGUUUAACACUGCUUCCAAAAAUGUCAUGAAGGACUUACAGAUAAUGCAACAGUUUCAUAAUACAGCAGUAAUCAGUGUCUUGGAAAUUCAAAGUCAAGUCAUUUCAGAACAUAUCGUAGAGUUUAAUAUUUUUCGAUUAGUUCCUCUUAUGUAAUAUUUAUAGCUCCACACUGCCCGGUAACAAAUCACUUCUCUCUGUUUUCCUGCUUAAAUAAAUUCCUUCAUAAAUAAUUAAUUUUUCUCUAAUUGGCAGUAAUUACAACUGUAAUAUUAUCAUUUUCUCGAGUGUAUAUCUGUUACGCCAGGCUGUAAUUAGCGUUAAGCAUUUUCCCUGCUGUAUCCAGCAGUUUGCUGCUGGACAGUUGGAUUUCACUGCCUUGUGUAAAAAGCAUUUUCCGUGAUCUAACAAGGUAUUUUUUGCAGCUUAGUGUUUCACAGCCUUGUGUGAACCUCUGUUAAUUAGGAUAAAAUUCCCAGUUAUGUGUCUUUUAACUUACAUUCCUCUAAGGUUUUCUGGCUGAAGGAAGUCUGAUAUUGAAUUUUAGCUGGAAACAGCUUCCUGUUAAACAGUUUUAGUGUAGUCUGCAAAUGAAAUACUGCAUGUGGGUAGCUCCAGUGCACGAAUGUGCUGAUAAAUCUUUAAAUGGAGGUGAAACUAUGUCAUAGUAGGAAUGUAGCAAGAGAUGUUUUAUGGAAUGGCAAAACACUGCCAUCAGAAUAAUGACUUAUAUUGUUGAGAUUGCGCCAUUUUCCUUACUGUACACUUUAUGAUGUCCCCCCUGCAAUGUUGUGGCUGCUGCUCCUUUUUGCUUUUAUUUUCAUGCCUUUUCUGUUUUCCUCCACUUGUCAUAUGCAGCUGUUUAUCACUGCAUGUUCAAGAGAUUAUUUUAAGCAACUGUUUCAGGAUGUGAUUGAUUAGAUAUGUAUGUGUUAGUGUUGUUGAUUAGAUUUCUGUGUAUCUCUCUGUAUGUGCCGAGUAAAAAACGAGUCUCUGUUUUCUGUUAGCAAAUAGUUUUUUUUU